AGGGACGCAGGUGCGUCAACAGCGGCGGCGGCGCUUUCAAAUUGUUUGUGUUAGCGUCCGUGAUAAGCAUGGAGGGACUGUUCCUGCCUAAAAGAACCGGGUGGUGUCUCGUUUUCAGAGUUUGAACCGCCUUAAAUGUUCAGUCUGGAUGAGUGAUGAAUAAACCCUGUGACCAACAUGGACGAGGAUGGACCAACUGACUUCAAAGCACUGAGGGCUAAAUUUCAGGAAGAGGGCCUUGUUACUCAGUGGAAAACCAGCCGUCCAGCCGUUGCUGAGAAGCCCAAACACUUUGCCCCUCCUGUAGGACCCGGCAGCUCAGCGGUUGGUGGUACUAACUCAGCUGGAGAAAGCAACUCCCCAGUGGUUCCCCGUGUCUUCUCCAGAGAUGCUCUUCGGUCAUCUGGAGGCAAGCGAUCGAUCUCCCUUCCACCUCAGCGGACUCCUCCCCCGUCACAGCCUGCUGAUGGACACUGCGCGGCGAGGCAGUCCCUCAGGGAUCGAAACAUGCCUUUGGUGCUCCCUGUCCCGCCUUCAAAAGAUCAGAGGCUGGAUUUACCAACUGACAGGGAGCACAGUCCUGACCAGGAACUGGGAAAAGACCUCUCACCACAGAAUACAUUUAAGAAGAAUGCUGCGCUGUUUCCUUUCAAGUCUGUUAAAGCAACAAAAGCCAGUGCAGGAACCAGAGAGGGAGCCACAUGUGCUGAUUUUACUAACAGGCCCAGCAGUGCUCCUGGUGACCUGCCCUCAGUGGAAAAACCAGGAAACAAAACCUGGCUCCAAAGGGAGCAGGCAGCCUCUGAUCCCUCGCUCUCUAGUCCUGAAAUCCUAGUUAGCCCCCCAUCUUCUGACGUGGACCCCGACAACAGUAACCUAAGCACGGCGGAGAAGGCUAAGAGUUUGUUCUCACUGCGGCAGAUGUUCAUUUCUGCCAAAAUCAAGACUUUUCCUUCCCCCGACAAAACGUUUCUUUUACCUCCGGAGAACCCCAACGGCCUCGGUACCAACGUACCCCCACCUGUGUGUCGUCCUCACCUGGCUUGUAUUUCUGCUCGACCUUUUUCCAAAGUUACCCCCUCUCCGUGGAAGCCAGCAGCUGAUUUUCAGCUUUUGAGAGAUAAAGCUGUGAGAACGGCUGGAUUUAAUCGGAGUAGUCCCGUAAAAAAACGAUUACCAGAUUUAAGCAGGCUCGGACCGGUGCCGACGAAGCCCUCUAGACCACCUAUAGUAGACAUCAGCUCUUACCCCUCACUCACAGUUAAAGGUGCAUCACCGGCUCAGCUCCAAACACCAGACGAAGAACGUCCCGAGCACACCCUGGCCUCCAGCCCCCUGCUGGCUGCACCAGAGUUCCCAGACUUUGAAAACUCAGAGGUGGAAGCUGUGCUGGGUGAAGCUGUAGACAUCACUGCAUUAGAGCUUGAAGCGUUGGACCUAGUUUACACUAACCUCACAACGCCCUCCCAGUGUAAGGAAGCAGAUCUGGAGGCUCCAGAACCUGCUGUGUCAGAGGUCUGCGGCCUCCCCGUCGUCCCAGAUCUAAACCUCGGCAGUCCGUAUCUAAUCCCUCUGGAUCCAGCCUGCUUCCCCGGACCAAUAAACCUGUCAGAGUUUCCAGAGCAGCAGUCGUACAGCCAAGUGUUAGAUGCUUUUACUACCUCUGAGACUGAUCUGGGAGCUGCAGAGAGUCAGUCUCUACCAGAGGAAACUGAACUCAGGAGCCAUACAUCCAACGAUGACACUCAAACCUAUUUCAGAGACCAGGACUACUACAACCAAACAUCUGAUGUGUACGAAGAUGUUGAGAGCGUCAAUAAAUCCGCCUCGGGCCAGGGUUCAACCAAACAGAAAAACAAACUGAAAAAUCCGUACGAUGACCCCCAACCUGCGAGGGAGGAACAGAAUGUUAAACGGACGCGGCACACGUGGGGCAGCCUGACCAGAGAACACUCUGCCUCCUAUGGCAUCAGUAAGGAGCAGUCCAGUCCCAACGCUGCUGUCUAUAAAGAACAGAGGAAGAAGGAAAAACAGCGUCUGGAGAAGGAGAGAAAGGAGCAAAAAGAGAGAGAAAAGAAGGAUAAUGAAAUGAAGAAGAAAUUCAAAGUGACUGGGAAUGAGGAGCCAAUGUACCAUGCCAAGGUGAUGGUGGCCAGUAAGGUUCGCAAGAAUGACCUUCCUGUGAUGAGCGGGGACACGGUCAGCAUCAUCCGGACCACCAACUGUCCCAAAGGCAAAUGGUUGGCCCGAGACGCCAACCACAAGUAUGGUUAUAUCUCAGUGAUGAAUGUGGAGCUAAAUAUGAAGGAGAUGUUAGAACUGGGCAAAAAGGCUCAAGCUGCUGGCCGAGGAGGAAACGUGGAGGCAGACACCAUCAGUAAUGGGAGCAGAUCCUCGACCCACCCAGCUCUAACCAGCAGCUUCACAGAUGAUAGUGAGGAGUGGGCCCAUGAAGAGGACACCCUGUCACCAUCCACUGAGAGCCACCCCACUCAGCAGACCGCCUCAGAGCCAGAGACAUCAUGUGUUCAUGUGGACGUCCAGCAAACCCUGAGUGAUGCCAACCUGGACGACCUGCACACUCUGAUCAGUCAUGAAGCCCUGCAGAAACUGGCCUUCAUCCUUCAGUCCACUAAAAAUGAAACCUUUGACGUCUCAGAUGAAGGAGCAACUCCUACAAAUGUUGAAACAUCAAGCUUCUUGUGCGCGGUUGACGAACCUCCGUAUCUCGAACAGGACGUUGACUUCACAGAGAUGGAGCUCCUGCCUCCUCCUCCCCUCUAUGCUGAUAACUUUGAUUUAUACAUGAACUGAAGCAGGGACUGUUCCUGUCAGACAUCUACUGUUGGAAAACUAAUAUUGAAUUUAAAAUGAGUUUUCUCCUUUCUGUGGAGGGAAACAGCAUCAUGACUGCACUGAGUUCUUGAUUUCUGUUUAGCACACAGUCUUGUUUUAGUCACUAAUUAAAUAAAUGAUGCACAAAUAUAAUAUUGCACUUAAGCUAAUGGAGGUAAAUAGUUAUUUGUGAUGAAUUAAAGGACAAUUUGGGAUAUUUUGAAGGGGGGGUUCUGUGGAAAGAUUUUGAGCAAUUAAUAUCUUACCUGUUGCAGAUGGAAAUGGGUUUGGUCUGACAGGAUUGGUGAGACCAAAAUGAGUUGCUGUCGUCUUAAAUGUCAGAAAUGUCAUAGUGACUGAUGUAAACACGGCUUCAUCUUUCACUCAUUUAUUUAAGUUUAUUUAAAAGGUUAUUUACAUCUAUGCCAGCACAAGCACUAGUAGGAAUUACACAAUAUUUAAUGCAAAAUUAACAGUGUACAGGUUUAAAUAAGUGUUUGCAUGAAUCUCAGUGAAUUUUUAAUUUGCAUUCAGACUAGCCAUUAGCUCUUCAAUCCCAUCAGACAUGAACUGUGAGCUGUUUAAAUAAAACGUUAACUUGUUUUUCAACAGAACCAGGAUUUAAAAUGGUCAGAAAAUCCCUUUUUAAAGUUUGUCCAUGUCUACACGUGUUUUCUGUUUCGAUAUAACAUCAAAUAAAAGUUUUGACAAUGA